AUGGGACAAGGAGGCGAGCGAGACUUGAGCCAUUCUUCAAAUGGUUCCACUUCACGUAGUCGUCCUCCUAGAGUUGAUGAGCAGCAACUCCAAGAGGUGCAGCAGCGCUAUGAGCAAAGUCUAAAGGAAUCAGAGGAUCGUGCCCAGCAGCAGUUAACAGAGGUCCAGCAGCGUGCCCUGCGUGCUGAGUCUAUGUAUAGUGCUGUGCAGUCCCAAGUUGCAGCCUUAUAUGAGCACCUAGGGGCUCGAUGUGAAGAACCUCCUUUGGUUGAUCUAACCAGAGCUAGGGUUUUGGGUUUUGCAAGUUCUUCUACACGAAAUCCAAACCCUAACUCCACUUUUGCUGCUAAGGCUCCAUCUGUUCUUGCUGCAGUCUUCAGGCCUUACAUCUUCUACGUUGGCAGUGAAGAACAUGAACUGGGACGCAAGCUAAAUGAGCCUCCAACAACUGCGGAUCUUGUUUUCGAUUAUGAGAAUUCGGGUUCCGAUUUGCAGGAAAUACUAGCAGUGGAGAUCACUACUAUGAGUGAUGAAGCUGUUUCUACCCCGACCCGAAAAUGUGGAAGGACAGAGCUUGAUCGCAGCUCAAAAAUGUUGAAGCUUUCCAGCCUAUUAAUCUUGUUUUGCAGCAUCGUUCUUGUUUUGCAUUCCUACCAAGUGACCUCACAUGAAAAUGAAGUUGAGGAUGAGAGUGAGUUUAGUUAUGACGAAAACAGUGAGAAGGGGCCUGCUAGAUGGGGGAAUAUACGCCGCGAAUGGAGCAUGUGCAACAAUGGAUUGUUGCAGUCUCCGAUCAAUCUGUCAGAUGACAGAGUUAAUGUAAUCUCAGAUUUAGGGGCACUACAGGGUAGCUACAAGGCUUGUAAUGCCACUCUUAAGAAUAGAGGCCAUGAUAUUAUGUUGAAAUGGCAAGCUGAUGCAGGAUAUAUUCCUAUCAAUGGAACACAUUAUAGCGUCAGACAAUGCCACUGGCACUCACCUUCGGAACACAAAAUCAAUGGCAAGCAGUUUGAUUUAGAAGCGCAUAUGGUUCAUGAUGGUCCCAAUGGAAGCAUCGCUGUUAUCGGAAUCCUGUAUAAGAUUGGAAAACCUGACCCAUUUUUGACACAGAUGAUGGACUACAUAGAAGACUUAUCUGAGAGCAGUGGAGAAGAGAAGGUGAUUGGUAUGGUCGAUCCAAAGCAAAUAAAAACUGUCAGCACAAAGUACUACAGAUAUAUAGGCUCUCUUACAAUUCCUCCUUGCACACAAAACGUCCUCUGGAACCUUGUUGGAGAGGUGAGGACUGUCUCUAAAGAACAGGUCGAAUUCCUCCGUGAGGCUGUUCACGAUGAGUCGGAAACUAAUGCAAGACCACUACAACCGAUAAACACACGCUCAGUGAGACUCUAUAAUCCCAGUACAGAGGAACAGGAUUGAAUGUAUCCAGGACUUUGUGGCUCAAGCAUAAUUGUCUAUCACUUGUGGAGCGGUUUAAACGAAAGUGAGGAAGGACGCAUAGAAUAGGCUAAAUAAACAAAGAUAGUUCAUUAAGAUUUCUCUAGCAGAAACUUAAUUUUUACACAGGUUUUAGUUUCUUGAUCACUUAUAUCACCUUUUGUAUCUGCACAAAUCG